AUGAAUCUCGAAAAGCCUACCAUCCUCCAUCUUGGAGAUCCCAUCGAGUUCAAUAAGGAACUUUAUGAUCAGAUAGCAAAGGAAUUUACAGUAAUUCGCCCCUCUUUAGAAGAAAGACAACGAAAUGCUUUCCUGAAAGCCUUGAAAGAGAAAAAAUGGGGAGACUUUCAGGGUGUCUUUCGUCCAUUCUGGAAUACCGGCGGUGAAAUGGGUCGUUGGGAUGCUGAAUUAAUCCCAUUGCUACCGUCAUCCCUCAAGGUGUACGGGAGUGCCGGUGCAGGCUAUGACUGGAUGGAUGUUGAUAUACUAGCUGAACAUGGUGAAGCCACUGACCUCAUUUCACCUCGUCUUGCAUCGAGCGAAGCUGUAGCUGAUAUGGCUAUUUUCCACAUCAUCUCCGUCUUUCGCAAUAUGCAGUGGUCUAUGGACGGCGCUCGUUCAGGUGACCCGGCGCUCUGGCUUGAGGCGCAUCAGAACACCGCAUUCACCGCACACAACCCGCAAACACAGAUCUUGGGUAUAAUCGGCCUUGGAAACAUUGGCUAUGCUAUCGCCCGAAAGGCAUACGCCUGCUUCGGCAUGAAGAUCUACUACCAAGACAUCCACCGAAAGCCCAUUGAACAAGAACAAGCUAUCGGCGCUUCCUACUGUGCGACAUUGGACGAGCUUAUUGCUGUGGCAGAUUGUAUUGUUCUGGCUACCCCAUUCAGUGGGUCUAAACUUAUCACCAAGGAGACCUUGGCUAAGUUCAAGAGGGGAGGCAAGUUUGUCAACAUCGCCCGGGGAACCUUGGUUGAUGAGGCCGCUUUGGUUGAUGCUUUGAAGUCGGGAAACUUGUCAGCUGCGGGCUUGGAUGUGCAUGAAAAUGAACCGAGCGUGAACCAGGAGCUUAUAAAGAUGCGGAAUGUCACGCUCACGUCUCACACUGCCGGUGGUGCAGCUGAGACUCAGAUCGGGUUUGAGCGAUUGGCGAUGGAGAACGUUCAACGCGUGUUGACUGGCCAGGAUCCGCUCACUCCAGUGAACAAACAUUUGAUCAAGAAUUGA